AUGGGAGCUUUCGAGAGGGAAAAGUGCAAAAAGAGCUUUUCCAAGGCGGGGGCACGUGUGACAAGCGGAAUAAAGUACGGAACAGACUACCUCGUAUACUUGGGGGAGCCUGGAUCUGUGCACUCACUUUUCACGCUAAAUUCAGAGGUUUCAGCCUCUUUCAGAGCCCUUUCUGCGCUUGUCCGCGUCUCUUCUUCCGCGAAGAAGGACUUUGUCAUGUGUGCGCCCGAUGGAGAGGGUCUUUUCGUGCGUUUCAGCAGGUUCUUCCUUUAG